AUGGAGUUUCGAAGUCUCGCACGACCAGCUGCCCGGCUCUUCAGCCCUCGCGCAUCGGCUCUUCCCAUCGUGCCUUGCCGUGGCCACAAGACGACAAGCCGAACAAAACGGUCUCUCAAGAUCGCUCCCCACGACUCUUUCCUCCCCGACCGAAAGACCGCUUUUCCCGCCUCCGAUUCCAUCAUUUACAACCCUCCUUCGUCCGAGGCAUCUCCUCUCCAUACUCCAUUCCUCUUCCUUCCUCCCAACGAUGCGCGCCGUGCCGCUCUCACACGACUUCGACACACUCCCGGCUCUCCACUGGAGCCACCGUCUGAGGGCAAGCUUCCCCCGGCGAUGAACUAUCCCCGCCGCAACCCCAACUAUAACCUCAACGCUGCCGACAUCAAGGAGAUGAAGCGGUUAAGGACAGAGGACCCGGAAACAUGGAGCGUCAACAAGCUUGCUGAGAAAUUCGGCUGCUCGACUGUGUUCGUCAAGAUGGCUGCUCCCGCACCAGAGAGACACUUGGAGGGUCUCAAGCGAAAGCAGGAGAGAAGGGAAGCUCGAUGGGGUGCUAUCCGAACCAACGCAAGAGAAGACCGCAAGAGGAGAACAGAUAUGCUGUACCGCGGCGAGUUGUAG